AUGGAGGUGCCACUUGUUAAUUUUGAGAACAUGGAUGAUGUCGGCAUCAACCUGGGAGACCCGAGUGACUCCGGGUACCCGACCUCACCUGCCUCGGAGGCCCCCGAUCAGAAUCUUUUACCCCACCAUCUGACUUCUCCCCACCAGUCGCCACAUAGAGGACGACGUGGGCAUCAGUCUGGUCAAGAAGGGUUGUCACCGUCCACUCCUCCAUCUCUAACCACUAAAGCAAACUCCAGCAGUGCCAGUUUGAUCUCUAAUCUGAAGCUCCUCAUCAAUAGUGAGUCUCCCACUGACAGCGUCUUCAGUAAGAUGGCGAAGGAUUGCUAUGAGAAUGAAGAUUUAUUUGAAAAGCAUUGCAUGGAAGAAAAAGACGAGAAAGUUGUUAUCAAUAUUUCAGGCUUGAUGUUCGAGACGCAGCUCAGCACCCUGAAUAAAUUUCCAGAGACACUGCUCGGUGAUCCCAUGAAGAGGAUAAGCUACUUCGACCCAAUGAAAAACGAGUAUUUUUUUGACAGAAAUCGCCCGUCUUUUGAUGGCAUUCUGUACUACUAUCAGUCAGGGGGGAGAAUCCGCAGACCAGCCAAUGUUCCCUUAGAUGUUUUUGCUAAUGAAAUUGUUUUCUAUGAGUUGGGUCAUGAAGCGAUGGAGCAGUUCCGCGAAGACGAAGGGUUCGUCAAAGAGCCAGAGGUCCUUUUGCCUACCAAUGAACUCCAACGACAAUUCUGGCUCCUGUUUGAAUACCCAGAAAGCUCCAGUGCAGCCAAAUCGGUAGCUUUAGUUUCUGUGUUUGUCAUCGUCAUUUCCAUCUUCAUCUUCUGCCUAGAGACUCUGCCAGAGUUCAGGGAGGACACUGACUUUGUCACGGGUUUAACUCAAAUCCUCAACGGGACCCAAGACAGUUCUCCUCCUCAUUCCGCCACUAAAGAUGUGAUGGCGUAUAUAACAGACCCCUUUUUCAUUGUGGAGACUAUUUGCAUCAUUUGGUUCUGCUUUGAAGUUGGUGUACGUUUUGUGGUGUGCCCCAGCAAAAGUGAUUUCUUCAAUAACAUCAUGAAUAUCAUUGACAUUGUCUCUAUAAUUCCCUACUUUGUAACCCUGGGAACAGAGUUAGCUACAACCCCUGAUGAUGAUAUGAAUUCUGGUCAGAACAUGUCCCUUGCAAUCCUAAGAAUCAUCCGUCUAGUGAGAGUCUUCAGAAUUUUUAAGCUCUCCCGGCACUCAAAAGGUCUUCAGAUCUUGGGGCAGACUUUGAAAGCUAGUAUGAGGGAACUUGGACUGCUCAUCUUCUUCCUUUUUAUAGGAGUCAUCCUAUUCUCAAGUGCCAUCUACUUUGCAGAAGUGGAUGAGCCCCAGACGCAGUUUGUUAGCAUCCCUGAUGGCUUUUGGUGGGCUGUGGUGACAAUGACCACUGUGGGAUACGGAGACAUGUGCCCCAUCACAAUGGGAGGCAAAAUGGUCGGUACCCUCUGUGCCAUUGCUGGUGUCCUGACCAUUGCCUUGCCCGUCCCCGUCAUCGUCUCUAACUUUAACUAUUUUUACCACCGAGAAACUGAGCAGGAGGAGAAGCAGAUAAUGGAUGCAGCGGCAGAGGCUGCCCAGAAAAUGUCAGCCGCAAACAAGUAUGGAAGCACACCCUCACUAAACAAAAGUAACGGCACCUGGCAGAAUGAGAAAAAUGGCAUGCACUGA